GUUUUCACUAUAUAUGUUGUACAUUGGUAUUGGCGGGAUAAUGCAGUGCAGUCAGUGUGAGAUUGUCCAUAGGAGUCUCUUCCGGGGGCUGCUCUUUCGAGCACGGAGUGGGACGCGAUAGUGUUGAUUCAGUCGAUAUACGUAUCUUUAACAGAUCUACAACGCUGACAUCAUUAUCGUCAUUAGAAUCAUUAAUAUCGCAUAUCGCAUUUGAAGGCAAAUUAAUCAGGGAUUUGUAUUAGGUGCAGCAAGAAUGCGAAGAUUGAGUAUGAAGGGUAAGCGAGGCAGGUUCGAGACAAGCAGCAGCGAAUCGGAGGAAAAUGGCGUCGCAGAAGCAGUGUCAACGACGAUAAAUAAUCCCAUUAGAAAUGAAAUAUCAGAUAAUACUGACGAAGAUCGAGCACUUAGUGAAGUACUCAAGAAGGGUAGAGGCCGUUCUGAAAAUGCAAUCGGAACACCCGGGGCAACUAGUGAUAGUGGUAAACGCGGUAGAAGGAAUAUUGAUAAAGAGCCAGCAUUGUUGAAGGAGGAUGAGGCAAAAGAAAACGAAGAGCAACACGAAAAUGGAAGCGCGGGAAAACCUGGAGCUGGAACAAAAAAACGUAAAAAGGAAGACGCUAAAGCAUCUACAUCAAAAGAUCAACCUUCUGAAGAAAAGGAAUAUGAGGUCGAGAAGAUCGUCUCUUAUCGCACUAUUAAAGGACGACGACAAUUUCUAGUAAGAUGGAAAGGAUAUGACGAAGACUCGGAUACUUGGGAACAGGAAAAGGAUCUCAAUUGUUCUGAUUUAAUAGAGCAAUUCCUUUCAGAGAAUGAAGAGAAUGAAUCUAUUUCGGAACCACCCAAGAGAAGGCAAAAGACUGAGAAGACUAAAGCGUCAAAAUCAGACCGAAAGUCAAAAAAUAAAAAUGGGGGAAUUGAUACAGAUAAAUCUGUAUCGGACCCUGACAAGAAUGAAGGAAAGGAGUUCGAGGUUGAAAAAAUAAUUGAUGUAUAUUUUAAAAAGAACAAAACACGGGAAUUCCUUAUUCGUUGGAAAGGUUUUUCAAGUGGAGAUGACUCUUGGGAACCAGAAGAAAAUCUCAAUUGUCCUGAAUUAAUUGCUAAAUUUAUGGAUAAGGUGGAAAAGGCGAAAAUAGCAGACCAACGCGAACUACGAACAAAUCCUGCACACACAAAAAGAUACACAUUGACCACCCCUGAGUGUGGUAGGCGAUUGUCUAGACGAAAUAUGGAUAAACAGAGAACUACCUAUCACCAGUGUGAUGAAUAAGAGAGGAAAAUCGGACAUGUCACUUUAGUUUGUAAUAUUCUAUUUUAUACAUCUAUGGUAUAAAGAUAUACUUUUCUCUAGAUCUAAGAAAGUAGGUUUAUUAAAGGGACACUAAAUAUUUCAUAUGAACUCUUUUCGUGCGCGUUAUAACUGAGAGUCUCAACGCCUUCAUGUCUUUAAUAAGUUGCAAUUGAAUUAUUUUCCUGAAGGAAAUCUACGACUUAGAGCUUUUUGUUAAUUUAGUGAAUAAAGUGUAAUAAUAUUUUAGGUGUAACUUAUUAAGCAUUCUAAAUUGUAAGUUCAAUCACCACACAAAAAUUUGGAGAAACAUUCAUAAAGAAAAAUCGAUUAUAUACUUACAUAGAGCAGGCAUAUUCGUAUACAUAUAAAUUUAUAUAUGAGUAUAUACUUUGUGUAUAUGAUAGAAAUAUGUAUAUCAUAUUUAACAGAAAAGAAAGAAAAUUAUUUAAAAAUAUAUUAUCGCAAGCGCAACUACGUGUUAAUUACACCGCAUAUGCACGGCCAUUUUGUUUGCUCUCCUGUAAAUUGCCUCUUUGAUUUUCGGGUAAUUAUGUGACUGUGUAUACGAUGGACUUUGGCUAAAAUUGCACUUCAAAAAAUUGUAGCAAAAAUCGUAAAUUUCAAGAAAUAACGUUUCUUCUAUGAUUUGAGUUUGACCUGUUUUCUUCACAAUAAUGCUCUAUUAAUAAAUAUAUUAAUAUAAUUAUUGUGUUGCGAGUGCACGAGGAUCAAACCGCGAACUAGGGUGUAUUUUCUCGAAAUAUUAGAAACUCACUAAAUACAAUAAACAGUCUCAAAUAUUUUCAUUUGCAUACGGAUACUAAAUAAAUAUACAUUUCGUAAAA